AUGCUCCGCCGCCUACUCGGCGAGAGGGAGAUCCCUGCUCGCUACGAGCCCUUGAUCGAGCGCUUCUGGCCCGGUCCCUUGACCAUACUCUUGCCCCUGCCGGACCCUUCGCCCCUCGCCCCCGAGGUCACGGCCGGCCUCGCCACCUUUGGCGUCCGCAUGCCCUCGUCGCCCCUGGCCCUGACCCUCGUCAAGCUGGCCGGCGCGCCCCUCGCCGCCCCGUCAGCCAACGCGUCCACCAAGCCGUCGCCGACGACGGCCCAGCACGUCAGGGACGACCUGGACGGCCGCAUCGAGCUCAUCCUCGACGGCGGGCCCUGCCAGGUCGGCGUCGAGAGCACUGUUGUAGACGGCCUGUGCGACCCGCCCGCCGUCCUGCGGCCCGGCGGCAUCGGCAUCGAGGAGCUGCGCGCAUGCCCCGGCUGGGCAUCCGUCGUCAGGGCCUACAAGGAUUGGAGCGAGGAGGGCAAGGCUGCCCCGCGCGCCCCCGGCAUGAAGUACAAGCACUAUAGUCCCAGGGCUAGGGUGGUCCUUUACGAGGCCUCAAAUCGCAGCGCGGCCAGCGGCCCUCUGCCGUCCGAUGUCCAGGCUGCGCUGGCCACCAUCUCCAACGGAGACUCGUCCCAUGCCGUCUCGAGGACCAUCGGCAUUAUCCGCACAAAGCGGUGGAAGCUCGGGGCCGGUCUCGACCUCGGCAUCUUGCGGCCUGCUCCUGCGUCGUGCGAGAUCGGUGGGGAGGCCGACCAGCAGCAAUCCGACUCGCCGUACCAAGUCUUCGUCACUGACCUCGAGACUGAGAGCGGGACGCCCGUCGGCCAAGUCUACGACCUCGGCUUAGGGACGGACACGAGGGGGAUAGCGCAAGGACUAUUUGCGGCCUUGAGAGAGCUCGACCGGCGGGGGACAGACACAAUAUUUGUAGACGGUAUAGAGGGCGAGCUCGACGUGGCUGCCGCCGUCAUGAAUCGCCUUCGCAAGGCAGCCUCGGAGAUUAGAGCAUGA